AAAACGUUCAGCAUUGGUGCCAGCUAGACACUAUUGUUCUUCUUCUUCUCUCUGCUUUUGCUUGUCUCUCACUUUUCUGCCCUCUCGUCACACCAUUUUCUUCUACAAAAUCUCUUUUUUAUUCUCUCUCUCACUCACUCUUCAUAUACACUAACACAGUUCCCUCUCUCUCUCAUGGAAUCUCGCCGGAAAACCGCUCUCAUUUCCCUCCUAAACCGUCGUAGGAGACCACCCAUUCAUUCAGCUGUAUAAAACCAACAAAACUGGCAUUUUUUCCCCUGCUGUUAUUAACCAAUGGCACUAAUGUAUAACUCCGUUUCUGUUUUAUUUACUUUUCUUCUUCUUUUCCUACUGAGUCACUAUACGAGUCGAGUUGAUUCUGAGCCGGUGCAAGACAAGCAAGCCCUCCUUGCUUUUAUCUCGCAAGUUCCACACGCCAAUCGUCUCCAAUGGAACCAAUCGGAUUCCGCUUGUAACUGGGUCGGUAUUGUCUGCGACGUAACUAAAUCCUCUGUUUAUGAACUUCGCUUACCUGGCGUUGGUCUUGUAGGUCAAAUCCCAGAUAACACACUCGGCAAAUUAACUCAGCUCCGAGUCCUGAGUCUCCGAUCCAAUCGUCUUUCCGGUCAGAUCCCUUCUGAUUUCUCUAACUUAACUCUCCUCCGUAGCUUGUACCUUCAAGACAACGAGUUUUCCGGCGAGUUUCCGCCGAGUUUGCCUCAUAUAACUCGGUUAACUCGGCUUGACCUUUCGUCGAAUAGUUUCAGCAAUUCUAUUCCAUUUGCUGUCAACAAUUUGACUCACUUAUCUCGCCUUUAUUUACAGAACAACAAUUUCUCAGGCACAUUACCCAGUAUUAAUCUUUCCAAUUUAGUCGAUUUCAAUGUGUCUAAUAACAAUUUAAACGGUUCUAUUCCUUCCACACUAACUAGAUUCAACGCAGAUUCUUUCGCCGGUAAUUUAAAUCUCUGCGGCGGUCCAUUAGCGCCGUGUUCCCCGUUUUUCCCUCCAGCUCCAUCUCCGUCAGCAGAAACCCCACCGGCAGUCGCUCAUAAAAAGUCUAAAAAACUCUCCACCGCCGCAAUUGUCAUAAUCGCAGUCGCGUCAGUGGUGGCAGCACUCAUACUCCUACUACUUCUGUUUCUCUGUCUCCGCCGGAGACGAAGACAACACUCACCGAAACCGCCAAAACCAGCCACCGCAACAGCGAGGGCAGUCUCAGUAGAAGCAGGAACAUCGUCCUCAAAAGACGACAUAACCGGAGCAUCAACGGAAGCAGAGAGAAACAAGCUAGUAUUCUUCGACGGUGGGAUUUACAGCUUCGAUUUGGAAGAUUUACUGAGAGCAUCUGCAGAGGUACUGGGUAAAGGAAGUGUCGGAACGUCUUAUAAAGCAGUUCUUGAAGAAGGAACCACCGUGGUCGUCAAGAGAUUGAAAGAUGUGGUGGUGAGUAAAAGAGAAUUCGAAAUGCAAAUGGAAGUUUUGGGGAAGAUUAAGCAUGAUAAUGUAGUUCCGUUUAGAGCUUUUUAUUUUUCUAAAGAUGAAAAGCUUCUUGUUUCCGAUUUCAUGCCCGCCGGUAGCUUGUCUGCUCUUCUUCACGGUAGUAGAGGGUCUGGGCGGACGCCACUUGACUGGGACAACCGCAUGAGAAUAGCAAUGAGUGCAGCCAGAGGUUUAGCACAUCUUCACGUGGUUGGAAAAGUGGCCCAUGGCAACAUCAAAUCCUCCAACAUCCUACUCCGACCGGAUCAAGAUGCAUCCCUAUCAGACUUCGGACUCAACCCUCUUUUCGGAACAGCCACUCCGCCUAGUCGAGUAGCAGGAUACCGUGCACCAGAAGCAGUAGAAACCCGAAAAGUGACAUUCAAAUCAGAUGUGUACAGCUUCGGAGUUUUACUACUUGAGCUCUUAACAGGAAAAGCACCAAAUCAAGCUUCAUUAGGUGAAGAAGGCAUUGAUUUGCCAAGGUGGGUCCAAUCUGUAGUUAGAGAAGAGUGGACAGCUGAAGUAUUUGAUGUUGAAUUAAUGAGAUACCACAACAUUGAAGAAGAGAUGGUGCAGUUGUUGCAAAUUGCAAUGGCGUGUGUUUCUACGGUGCCUGAUCAACGACCCGCAAUGCAGGAGGUUGUGAGAAUGAUUGAAGAUAUUAAUAGAGGCGAGACUGAUGAUGGGUUGAGGCAAUCGUCCGAUGAUCCAUCUAAAGGAUCGGAUGGUCAUACUCCUCCUCAGGAAUCGAGAACCCCUCCUAGUGGUGUCACACCUUAGAAAAGGAUAAAAUUUAAAAGAAAGGUAAUGUCGAGGUGGUGGACCGGUGGUGGUGGUGGCCGUGGUGAUGGUGGUGGGUCAGUUAUUGAUAUGUGCACACAGUGCGUAAGUAAUAGUGGUAAAGUGCACAUUUGAUUAAGGAUCUGUGUUUUGAGGUUUUCUUUUUGGGUUUAUUUUAUUAUUAUUUUUUAAAAUUCUAAAUUUACAUAUGGGGAUUUAAGGAUUUCAAUCGUUUUUAGAGAUCUGGGGCUAGUUUGUUCCAUGAACUGAUUGGAAUUGACGGGUUGAUGGAUUUAGUUGGGUGUUUUUUUA